AUGGGAUCAUCAUUUGAAGACCUGUUGGGACGCGCCAAUAAGCUGCGAGAGGAGCUUGAACUGUUUACGCAGCAUGUCCGACGCACACAUCGAAGCACAACUCCGCUUUCUCAGGUUGGCGCCAAGCUAUCAUCUUUGAAAGGGGAUCUCCAGAUUGAAGUCGACUUCUUGAAGCGGGAGCAAGGCAAACAAAGGCCAGCUAGCAGUGGCCAUGAAGCCCCUCCUCCAUCCAAGGGCCCUUCUGGUAGCAACUUGCUGUUUUUUGAGACGUUGUGGGACAUCGCAAAGAGAUCUACGGAUAUUUUCGACCUGCGACACAGAGUGUGUGUUGAACAGGUCAAGAAGCAGAUACUUGCCCCUGGAAAGCGCAUCGUACCUACGCUGGGGACCCAGAUGGGAUCCAAAUUUCGUCACGCCCUUGUCGACUUGAUAACAGACGGGGGCAGCACCUGGGUCAAGAUCUCUACUAUCACCAACCGGAGACUACUGUUUGACCUGGCGAAAGAGGCUGUUUUCUGCGGAGAUAGCGAAGACGAAGAUGCGCAGGGUUACAGUAUAGAUGACAACUUGGACAUUCCACUCUUGAAAUUGGCCAAGGAGUUAGCUCAAGCAGCAUCAAAUCAUCGCAUUCGCACCAAGACGCCGACUGUCCAGCUAGUGUUGCCACGCAUCAGGCGUAAUGAAAACAACGAAGUAGAUCGCAUCGUUGAUAUUUGUGGCGGAGCUGGAGUGGUGGUGCUUUGUAGCAACGAUCUUGCACCGCCUCCAGAUUUGUCCACUAAACUUAUGGACAUCAUGUAUCCAGAUCCUCAAGCAUCUUUUUCUACCACUCUCAAUAUCGACACUUCAGUAAUCGUCGCUUUGACCUCGGAUUUCUCACAUUUCUCAGUUGAGAAGCAGGAUUGGUUCGACCGGCAGCGAAUCGCCCAUUGCGACCAGGAGACAAAAGAACAUUUUCUCACCGAGCAGGUCUACCCGCUUAUUGGGAACCAUGAUCUGGUCUGCGUCAGAGAGGCUGUCGAGACCUACAAGCAUAUUGUCGAUACGAUCGGCACCCAGACGGAAAAGGCCCGGGCUAAGCUGAUUCUCAAUGAUGACGCGUCCAAGUCUCCUGAUCAGUUGGCCGAGGGACUUCGGGCCUUGUCCGAACAUCAGGUGCCUUCGUCCUUACGCCUUCCAAUAAUAACUGUUGAUAGUAACAAGGACGGAUGCCAGAAGGAUCUUGGUACGGUGGCGAAGCGGGUGUUGGAGACUCAGUUGAAUCCCGGCCGGUCCGUUUUUUCCUUCGGCUGGGCCGCUCGACUCACCACCAUCACGUGUAAUGGCGUUGCCACCAAGCAGCUAGCACACGGGUUAGAGAAGUUCCAGAACCUGGAUGAUACGGCGUGGCCUUCCAUCUGGGCGUGCUCCUCGUCGCGGCCCCUCCUCGGUGUUCCCAAGGCAAGCAAGUCCAAGAAACACAUCGGCGAUUGCGCUACGAAUGGAUGCACCUGCGGCGUAGAAAGUUCCUUGCAGAGCAGGAAGGAGCGUACUGAGUAG